AUGAGUAAACAAGUUCGUCCAAUUGGUGUUACGAAGAUUAACGACACCGAAGAUUCAUGCUCCGAUCGCUACAUUUAUAUCCAUGAGGAUCUUCCUUCCAAAUUCAACAGUGACUUCCUCAUCAACUGCAAGUCUAUUUCUGCAGGGAUUAGUAGUAGUAGCACACCAAGUAUGUGUCCUGACAUUGUGAAUUUGGGUCUUGGUCCUAAAAUUGAAUACUCUGACGGGGUUUUAGCCAACGAGAGUUGGUUUAUCACAAAUCCCUACUUGUUAGAAGUCAUAUUCCACAACAAGAUGAAGAAGUAUGAGUGUUUGACAAGCAACUCCACUCUGGCUUCUGCCAUUUAUGUGCCAUUCUAUACUGGCAUGGAUGCCAGUGUUCAUUUGUGGGAUUCUAACCUCACUGUCAGAGACUCUUCAGCUAAGAAUUUGGUCAAGUGGCUUUCGGGGCAACCCGAAUGGAAGAAAAUGUGGGGCAGAGACCAUUUCUUUGUUUCUGGGAGGACUUCUUGGGAUUUUAGGAGGGUAAGAGACAAUAGUUCUGAGUGGGGUAGUAAACUCAGGUUCUUGCCAGAGUCCAUGAACAUGACUAUGUUAUCAAUGGAAGGAAGCCUUUGGAAAAAUGACAUUGCUAUACCAUACCCCACAAGCUUUCAUCCUGCAAAGGACAGUGAGGUGGUUCAAUGGCAGAACAGAGUGAGACAACAAGAAAGGCCUAACUUGUUUGCUUUUGUUGGUGCACCAAGGCCUCACCUGCAAGGUUCUAUCCGGGGCAAAAUUAUUGAUCAUUGCCAAGCAUCAACUACUUGCAAGUUUUUGCAUUGCGGUGAAAACAAUUGUCACAACCCGGUUAAUAUUAUGAGGGUGUUUCAGAGCUCAGUCUAUUGCCUGCAGCCUCGAGGGGAUUCAGACACUAGGAGGUCAGCUUUCGACGCUAUUCUGGCUGGUUGUAUUCCAGUCUUUUUUCAUCCUGCCACCGCAUUUUCUCAAUAUUUGUGGUAUUUACCAAAGAAUCAUACCAAGUAUUCCGUGUUUAUUCCGGUGAGGGAUGUAAAAGAUUUGAAAGAAGAAGGCAUCAUUGAGAAAGUCUUGCAGGGAAUUUCAAAGGACAGGGAAUUGGCCAUGAGAGAGGAGGUUAUAAGGACAAUACCAAAGCUGGUGUAUGCAGAUCCCGGGUCAAGAUUAGACACUCCAGAUGCCUUUCAUAUAGCUGUGCAGGGAAUUCUUGAGAGAAUAGAGAAUGUUAGAAAGGUGAUUAGAGAGGGGAGGGAUCCUAGUAUUGGUUUUGCAGAGGUUGAUGGUACUAAGUUCACAUUUCCUGAUACAGUAGACUAA